AUGGUCCACACCACCACACAGCCCGGCACAGAAGACUCCUUUCGACCCUUGUUGACCCACACCCAACAGCACCAGCAACAACAGGAAAAAGAAAUCGAGCCAACGCCAACACCUACCGACAGCGAACCUGCAGCUUCUGCUCACUUCGAGGGAGAACUCUUGCCGGCGGUUCAGUCAACAAAAUCAUCACGAAAGGCUAAAGAAGCCCCAUACUCGCACGAUCCAGUCAAAUCGAGCAACACACAACAACAGCAGCAUUAUCUCGAGCACAGCGACAGCAGUAUCAACGGAGAAGACGACGACCAGGAUCAUACUGUUAUCGAACAAGGACUCGCAUUCCAACCUCCCUGCCAAUCCCUACACAGACCUGAUUCACCUACAAGCCUAGACGACUCUCAAUCCGACAACGGUCCUGAUUCCUUUGCUGUCGACAUUGCCGAUAAGGAGCGAUUGAUGACCCGGUUCCCCACCGAUGCUCUGCCUCUGUCAAAACUAACCAUGGUCGACCACAACAUCCCCUCGGUGCCAACCUCUGACCAACAAGACUUGCUCAACGGAAAUUCGCCUAUGUCGCCCUCUCAGGUUGCAACACCACCCCUGUCGCCCAUCAAGGCACCUGUCCACGGCAAGAGCGAUGAAGACGACGAUGAAACUUUGGAGGACGAUGACGACGAGAGCAUCGAGAAUGGAAUCGGAAAGGAGGCAAGAAACCAUCAGGAUGCGACGUUGGAUGAGUCCGACAGCAUAUCACUGGAGAUUGGCCUGGCACAACAAAACCUUGAACAGGCUCUUGAGGAGGAGCAGACUUGCAUUACCGACUGGGAAUCAGAGGCAUUGUUGCCAUCCUUGCUGGAAGAGACUUCAUCAGCAUCAUUAUCCGCCGAUGACACAUCUGCUCCUGCAGAAUCAUCCACUUCGUCGACCGGCAACCUUCCCAAGGUUUCGGCUUGGUCAACACUCUUACCGGGCGUUGCUCCUAUUCCUCCGCUCAAGCCAACGACUCGCCCCUCAGCAAUACAGCGAUCAGAGCAGGCUCGCCUCCAUGAGCGGUUCCCCAUUGUCCUGCCCUAUGAGAGUCAAGUCAAGCUUUCAAUGGAAAUGGUCGAUCUCUUCGAGAGCCUCUUGCCGACGGAAGAAAGUCAUGAGCGCAGGACGAAGUUCAUCAAGAAGAUUGAAACAAUUCUGAAUGUCGAGUGGCCUGGACAGGAUAUUCAAGCCUAUCCAUUCGGCUCGACGGUCAAUGAUCUUGGGACAAGCACAAGUGACGUUGAUAUUUGCAUCAUGACGACGUGGCCUGGACUGAAGAAUGUUCAGAUGUUGGCAAAUGCUUUCCGCAAGCAUGGAAUGCAAAAGGUUUUUUGCGUACCCAGAGCCAAGGUUCCAAUCGUCAAACUAUGGGAUCCAGAGUUGCAUCUCUCGUGCGACGUGAACAUCAACACACCCUUGGGACUUCUGAACACAAAAAUGAUUAAGACCUAUGUCGCCAUCGACCCCAGAGUUCGCCCUUUCGCCAUGAUUAUCAAGCACUGGUCACGGAGGCGAGUCCUCAACGACGCAGCGAACGGAGGAACUAUCUCAACAUAUACCUGGAUUUGCAUUGUCAUCAACUUUUUGCAGAUGCGGUCGCCUCCCAUCUUGCCAGUGCUGCACAAGAUCCCCCAUACCCUCUUCGACGACAAUCAAGUCAUCAACGGAAAUAACACUUCGUUCUGCGACGACAUCGAGAGCCUUGAGGGAUUUGGCUUUCCCAACAAGGAAACGCUAGGCGGGCUCCUCUACGCCUUUUUCCGAAGGUUUGCAAUCGAAUUUGACUACGACAACCAUGUUAUUUCGGUGCGUGAGGGAUGUUACUUGACAAAAGAGUCCAAGGGAUGGCAUCUUCCAGGAAAGCAGUACAAGAUGUUUUGUGUGGAGGAGCCGAUUGAUACCAGCCGUAAUCUUGGAAACUCCUCCGACAUGACAAGUAGUAAGGGCUUGCGAGAGGAAUUCAGGAGGGCUCUCGACGUUCUUUACAAGAACGCCUCCCUGAACCUGUGCUGCGCCCAGUUUGUCUUCCCACCAAGCUACUACCACAGUAGCAACAACGUACGGAAAGGGACCAAUGGAACCAUGAUCACAAACAACAACAAUUAUGCAGCAGGACGACGCUACCUCAACGGAUACCGAUCGCAGAACUACUAUUAUGACGAAGCCGACUAUGAUGACGAUGAUGACGAUGACUCGGUGGGCGAGAUAUCUGUCAUGGAGACACUCAACAUUGGUACCCGACCAGCACACAGCAAAGACCCAACUGGAAGCAGCAAGCAGCAGUCUAGCCGACGGGACUCGGUGUCGUCAUCAAGCCGUGGUCAAGGGGGCGAGAAAGGAAGAGCGUCCUCAAAGGAGUCGAACAACUCUGGUCGUCAGGGCGAGACUAUUAGCAACCGGAGUCAGUCCAAGAGCCGAGCCAAGCAGACCAAGGGUGAUAAGGACAGCGCGUCAUCGACAGCCGGCGACUCCUCUAAGCCAGCAUCGUCCUCUCGCGGCAAGCAGGAAAAGUCGAGCACCUCUAGUUCAGCGACGGCCAACCGGCGUAACAAGAAGUCUUCUGGAGGAAGCGGAGGCGAUGGACAGAAGGGAGGCCGAGGUGGUGGAGGUAGCAACGGCAGUAGUAAUGGCAUCGCAGGAGGAAACAGUGGACGUGCCCCGCGUGCGGCGGUCGAGUUUAGCCUCGCAGACAUUGCCACCGCGGCACCUAGACUGCUGUCGGCCAGCAGCAAAGCUGAUCAGGAGUCGUUGUUGGUGGCGGUUGACAACUUUGUCGGAUCAGAUCCAGCUGGAAAUGGCGAUGGAUCAAAGAACAGGCAAAAGAAACGGGCUGGGUCCAAGAAUGUUGUCUGGUCGACCAACUCGAACCGUGGAGAGUCCUCACGACGACAGCAGCCAACCACCAAGGGAGCGCAAUCGCCUGCGGAUCAGGACAAGGCGCGGGUGAUCAUUGUUGCUUCUGAAGAAUCCUCGUUCAACAACAACCUCGUUGGCAGUAUCAGUAACAACACCACCACCAACGGCGAUGCCGCUCUCUCAACAUGA